AUGCAGUCCCCAACUACACGCGCACCGAAUGUUAUCGCACCGGCUCGCAACCCUGUGACCACGGGGAGGAAGCAGGCAUAUGGUGAGGAAGAAAAGAUUAGGGACGCUUUAAAGCGCUUCGUAAAGCGAAUCAAGGCCCUUGGUCGCCGUUUCCCUGAGAGAGGCUACGGCUUCCAUCCAUCUGGCCAUCCGAAAAGUCCCUUCGGUGCUAUACUUUUGUACACGCGGCCUUCCUAUAGCGGAGUGGCAUUCAGCGUGUCAGGCUGGAUGGAGUGUUCAGAGGCUCGCAAACUCGCUCAUGGUUUCUGUGAAGAGCUUCAGGCUCUAAAACUACUUAGGUAUCCAAAGCGAGUAUACGCGGGACGACGGAAGGCAGUGCGGGCAAUGACCAAGCAGCACAAAAGUCGUUUCCUGAGGAAGCUGGGCCGGAAGGCAGCGUCAGUCAUCCACACACAUUUGAGGUCUGCACCAACAGCUGCCAAUGUUGCAGCAGCAGGUGCCAACGGUCGGCCCGAGGGUCAGCUGGAGGGCCAUGGUGCAACUGGAAUGGCCACCCAGCAGCACAAUACCAAUGCUGCCGAAGUACACGAGAAUGAGGAGCCUCGCACAGCUACACUGACGGUAAUGGCGACGGAUGAGCAGCUGCCCUUCUGCAAUUACGGCAGGAAAGGGGAUGGCUGGAAGACCUGGGCCAUUGGUCCAGAUGGCCGUUGUGUGUGUGGCAAUUCAUGUGCUGAGGGGCGCAAGCUUUUUUCCAACUACCCCCCCCAUCUCCCCUUCGUGGACUUCCGGGGCAAGACAUUCUCCGGUACCAACGAAAUGUACACGGCAGUUAUCACCACCGCCUGCAGCCAUUCACCGGCCUUCAAGGCCAUGUACGAAAGUGCUGAGAAGGAGUGGAAGGAUAAAAAGGAGCUGGAGGUUGGGCGGCGGCGCCAGCAUGCCAUGGGCGAGCAGCAGGAAGCCCUGGCCAUUAAUGGCGGCGGAGAGCAGCAGGAAGCCCUGGCCAUUAAUGGCGAUGGCAUGGGUGACGAGGGUGCUGAUGAUGGAACAGAACCUGCCCGUAGGGUGCACCGGCAGCGGGCCCUUGAGCGCAGGGGAUGUGAGGGUACCGCGUGGGACCCCUGCACCAAAGGAUACAACCGGGAGAAGCUGAUUGCAGCAUUUGAGCAGCACAAUGGUGGGGGAGCUGCACGCGGUAUUUCACAGCUUGUUAAGCUGCUGGGUGGCUCAGCUCGGGACCUGGUAGAAGCCCUUGCCAAGGAGAAUCUCGCAUUCUUCAGGCCGACCCCAGGACAGCUCGCGGAGAUGACGCGCCUGUACCAUGCUCUACGCGAAGAGGGCAAAGCAAGCACCUCUCUCGGUGCAUUCAUCGCGGACAGCAUCCCUGGUGGCUGGAAAGGCUCGCGGGUGGUACGGAUCCUGAAGGAGCAGAAUAUCUGGGUGAAAGGUUGUCAAGGGCGGAGGGCCCGUGUGGCCAUCAAAGCAGCGGCGGAGGAACUAAAUAACGAGGAGAGCAGCUUAUCGGAGGGGGAUGACGGAGAGGAGACAGCCAGCGGACUGAGCAACCAGCCCAGUAGCAGUGUGGAGGAUGAUGGAGCAUGUGGUAACGAAUCCGAUGUGGCUAGUGUGGAUGGGGACGAGUCCGGUGAGGAAAGGGGCAACCAAAGCGGCUAUAGUCCUGAGGCGGAGGCCAAGGUGGCACAGCCCAGCAUAGGUCCGAGCGGAGCAGGGCAGGGAGCAGCAGAGCAGGUUGGGGCAGUGCGGGGUGCUGCAGGUCCGAGCAGGGCAGGGCAGGGAGCAGUAGAGCAGGUUGGGGCAGUGCGGGGUGCUGCAGGUCCGAGCAGGGCAGGGCAGGGAGCAGUAGAGCAGGGUGGGGCAGUGCGGGGUGCUGCAGGUCCGAGCGGAUCAGGGCAAGGAGCAGCAGAGCGGGGCGAGGCAGAGCAGGAUAAUCGUGCCCGCUGCUUCGAUUGUUUGCCGGUGGAGGAGAAGGCGCGCGACGUCCUCGGCGAAGCCGCCCUGGGAGGACAGGCUUCUGUGCACCUCCGGGUAAGUGUCGAUCGUGUGUUGGUAUCGCAUUCUGAGGGUCUCCAGGCGUUGCAGGACCUAGCUGGAUUCGAUAAUUUCCCGUGGGGCGCGUGUCCAUGUAUGGGUUGCACGGCGUAG